GCAAGAAGCAAUAAAGUUGAUAGAUGAUGGGUUAAGGGAUGAAAGAAAGCAGAAGUGUUAUGGAAAAGAGUUUGGUGAGAAGAAUGGAAGAAGAGGAAAAGCUUAUGCAAUCUUACCCUCACUAUUGGGGAUUCACCCCAGAACAAGACUACUACAACCAGAAUGGAAUCAGAGCUACAAAAUCGGACUUCAGGACGGCGCGUGGCCUCAAGCUCUUUACAAGAUCAUGGCUUCCAAACCCUACCAUCACCCCACGCGCCCUCGUCUUCAUGGUCCACGGCUACGGCAACGACAUCUCCUGGACCUUCCAAGCCACCCCCAUCUUCCUCGCCCAAUCGGGGUUCGCCUGCUUCGCCGUCGACCUCCAAGGCCACGGCCACUCCGAAGGCCUUAAAGCCUUCGUCCCCUCCGUAAACCUCGUCGCACACGAUUGCCUCUCCUUCUUCAACUCUAUCAAACAACAAAACCCUCAAUUCCAACACCUCCCCUCUUUCCUCUUCGGCGAGUCCAUGGGCGCCGCCAUCUGCCUCCUCAUCCACUUCCUCUCCCCUGAACCCUUCAACGGCGCCGUUUUAGUCGCCCCCAUGUGCAAAAUCUCCGACAGUGUCAGACCCAGAUGGCCCAUUCCUCAGAUCCUCACCUUUCUCGCCAGAUUCUUCCCCACUCUCCCCAUCGUCCCCACCCCCGAUCUCCUCUUCAAGUCCGUCAAGGUUCCCCGCAAGAAACUCAUCGCCAACAUGAACCCUUUGAGAUAUCGCGGAAAGCCUAGAUUGGGCACCGUCGUCGAACUUUUAAGGGUGACCGACUUCCUCAAUCAAAGGCUCUCUGAUGUCAACCUUCCUUUCAUUGUCUUGCACGGCAGCGCCGAUGCUGUCACCGACCCCGAUGUGAGUAGGGAGUUGUACCGCGAAGCCAGGAGCCUCGAUAAGAGCAUCAAGGUUUACGAAGGGAUGAUGCAUUCCUUGCUGUUCGGAGAGACCGAUGAAAAUGUUGAGAUUGUAAGGAACGAUGUUCUGUCGUGGCUUCUCGCUAGGUCUGGUGGGGAAACAAGACUUCAAUGACGAAGAUUUCAAGGUUCUGUUUUGUUAAUUGUGUUGAUGCAACACCAAAAUGUGAACUGUACUGUCCAUUUCAUCCAACAAUUCUAAUUUAUGAAUAUAUGAAUGCAAGAAAUUUAUUCACUUCAUCGUUUCUGUA